GCCAAUAGCAUAAACCUUCUUCAUUAAGUAAAUUCUAUCACUCUUUUUCUUAACUGUUCAGCAUGUUGUUGUACCUGCAGCUGACACUACCUCUCUUGUCUUCACUUUGUUCAUCUUAUUUAUCAAUCAGUUCCAAAAAUCAAACUAUUACAACUUGGUUCCACAAGUAAAAAAUAGUCCUUUAAGUUUCUCACUUCUGAAUUCCAAUACCCAAAAGACCAUCCAAUUCAAUGGCUUAUGACAGAAGCAGAACCUCUUCUGUUUUGGAUGGAUUCACUCUGAAUCCCCUGCCAUACCCUGUUCUGUUAAUCUUAGCACUCAUCUUCCUCUUCUUUGCCGUUUCAUGGUACUUUUCCUAUGAAGAAGUUGUUGAAACUGCUGAAGAACAAUUUGGUUGGGUACUAUUUGCUACCCCAGUGGUGCUAAUACUCAUAGUUCGUUGGUUAUCUUCUAUGGAGAAUUCAGAUUGGUUCUCUGCUUCGUGGGGGAGUAGCAGGAGAACCCACCAGGGCCCUUCAGAAGGAAGCUCUCCAUGGGGUGUGGCUGCUUUGAUCCUGGUGUUGCUCAUAAUGGCUCGAUACCAAUCCAACUUUCUUAAUAGCUGGUUUGUGUGAUUUGAAAAUUUUCUCCAUAGGUUGGUUUUACUUUUCUGUCUUUUUAUUUUUGCUCUUAACUUAAGAGUUAGUGUAAAAAUCCUUUGAGUACUGUAAUUCUUAAAUAUGUAGAUACAGAUGUGAUGAUGCCUGUAUAAAUAUAUGAAAGUGUUCAAUGUGUUUUCACA